AUGUGCCGCAGGAAAUUUGGCAAGCAGAUCCAGAAGCGCCAGCUUGAGGUUCCCGAAUAUGCUGCCAGUUUUGUCAACUACAAGGCCUUGAAGAAGCUCAUCAAGAAGCUUUCAGCUACUCCGACCCUUGCUGCACAAAAUGACGGCCACCGCCUAGCCACACUUGCCGACUCGCAGGCUGCUCUGCAAGCAAACAAGGCAACUUUCUUCUUCCAAUUGGAGAGAGAGCUGGACAAGGUGAAUGCUUUCUAUCUGCAAAAGGAAGCCGAGCUCAAAAUCCGCCUCAAGACGUUGCUCGAUAAGAAAAAGGUCCUUCAGUCGCGCCAGGGUAUCUCAAGACGCUCGUCCAAAUUCACCACCCUCGAAGAAGGAUUUCAGCAAUUCGCCACGGACUUGAAUAAGCUCCAGCAGUUUGUUGAGAUCAAUGGUACCGCCUUUUCAAAGAUUCUCAAGAAAUGGGACAAGACGUCCAAGUCCAAGACAAAAGAACUGUAUCUCUCCCGUGCCGUCGAAGUCCAGCCGUUCUUCAAUGCGACGGUCAUUAGCGAAUUGUCAGACCAGGCCACCACCAGCCUCCAGGAGUUGGGUGCCUGGUCUGAUGGAAUUCAGGUCAACUUCGAUUCAUCUACUGCGCAUGUUGUGACAAGCCAACAUUUCGUGGGGACCGACGAAGGAGAUGCCGAUACGCUGCUGUUGGAUACCGUCAUUACCGGAAACCUCGAAUCGAUAAAGGACCUUCUUGCGAAGAUGCAAUCGGCCUCCCUGGCUAGCGAGAGCGAUAUUUCCUUGAUGGAGCGGCUGACAAGAACCUUCUUGACGGCGAUAAAUGAAGCUCCCAAGAGUGCUCUGCAGGUUCUUUUGGAUACAGGAUUGGUGGACUUGCAUUCCUAUGAUGAUAUCAACGAGCGGAAUUGCCUACACCAGGCCGCCAUCUAUGGUAGACAACACGUCUUGGAAUGGGGCCUCGAGGCCAAGGUGGCCGUGGAUCGAACCGACGUUUACGGGCGCGUGCCGCUGCACUAUGCUAGUUUGCACGGUCGCUUAGAUAUGCUGGAAACUUUGUUAAAUGCCAACCCCGGCACUAUUGAUCUCAUCGAUCACGACAACUUCACGCCACUGAUACAUGCCAUUAUCCAUGGCCAUGUUGAGUGUGUCGAGCGCCUUCUCGCUAGAUCGGCUCGUAUUGACCCUGUAUCUGAUGCAGACCAUGUGCCUUUGAACCUUGCCUGCGAGCAUGGCUCCGUCGCUAUUGUCGAAAUACUGUUGAAGCAUGGCGCAAAUAUCCUUCCUGAUGCCGAGGGACUGUAUCCUCAGCACUUGGUGGCCCGGUGUGGCCGAACUUCGGAUUUGCUCCUGCUCCUGAAGCAGUAUGGAGCUGACCUCGAUCAAGUCGACAAGCUGUAUGGAUGGACACCGUUGCUGCAUGCUGCUAGUGAAGGAAAGGUCGAGUGUCUUCAAGCGCUGCUCAAGAUUGGUGUCGACGCGACGAUACGAGAUGAAAAGGACCUACCCGCCAUGUACUAUGCCGCUUGGGAGGGCCACUUGGAAUGCAUGCAGCUUCUCACCCCGUUCAACAAGCGCCCGAAAGCAAGCCCAUUGGGAGGCCAGCCCACAAUUGACAUUAUUGGCAGCAGUAAUGCCCCCCUGCCAAUGUCACUGGAUCCGGAUGCCAUCCCGAUCCUGGAGUUGCCUCCACCAAUCAUUCCUCUUCGACGAUAUGGCCACAACUUCCUUGAUACCAAGACUGUGGUGCAAAUCAGCUUUCAGGAUUCGGGCGAGCAACCGCUGGUUUUCUUCCAGGAUGGCAAGUACCCGGCUGCUCGGUUGACGAUUUCCUCCAAGGUUUCCGAUCUCAUCCCCAAGAAUAUCAUUUUGCCGUUUCAAGAAGAUACCCGUAUUGUUUCUUUCCAAGUUGAUAACCUCAAGACGUUUUCACUCGACUUUGAUGUUUUCCCGGCGUAUGGCGCCAAGACAAUUGCAAAGACGGUGGUACUGCCGUCUGUAUUCCUGAACCAGUCAGGCAGCUCGAAAUCUUGCCUGCCGCUCUUCGACCCGCGGUUGCGAGCCAUCGGCCAGAUUACCUUCAACACGCAGGUGAUCAAGCCGUUCAGGGGACAGCCUCUCGAGAUUACAGACUUUGAGACGUACUGGAAGGCGACAAGCCAGUUUAACCAGCCUACCAACGCCAUUGUUACCGGAUCAAGUCUGUCUGGUGACUAUGUCCGAGUCUUUGUCCAGUACACUAGCGAUGGGGUGCCUAUUAUUUGGCCACAAUGGACGAUUUCGUGCGGUGGGCUGGAUAUUCCCGUCUGCAGACUGUCAUUUGCGCAGUUUGAUGCCAUCACCUCCCAAGGUGCCAGCCGCGCUCAGCUCGCGGGCCUAGCGACCAAGACGGCGGAUGACAUUGCCGAAAUCUACCACAUCUUGGCGACUGCUGGAAUAACGCUCAAGGACGCACUGGCUAUCCUCCCUCCAGGCAUCCACGUCAAUCUGCAGAUUGUAUACCCGACCACAGAGGAGGAAGAGACACUGGCCUUGGGCCCGGCUCUUGACGUCAACGUCUACGUUGACUCGAUCCUCACGGUUGUUUUCGACCAUGCCCGUGCUCAGAGGGCACAGUCCCACUCGUCACACGUCGUGCGUUCCAUGGUGUUUAGCAGCUACAACGCGCGACUAUGUACCGCUCUCAACUGGAAACAGCCCAACUUUCCAGUAUUUUUGUGCAAUGACUUAGGCCGGGACGAGAAUACGGUGCUGGUCAACGGAAGGCGGACAACGUCGAUCAAGGAAGCGGUGCGGAUUGCACAGACGAAUAACUUUAUGGGUCUGAUAUGUUAUUCAAGGCUGCUGGAUAUGGUGCCGGCGCUGGUUGAUGCGGUCAAAUCGCAUGGACUUGCCCUCGUGAUGGACAAGUCUUCUGAUACCCCUGAAGCGAGCCCUCUGGUGGAUCCUUUCCCUCGGCCACCCAAGGGUGUCGACGGAAUCUUGAGAAGUCAUGGUAUUUUACGCUUUAAUGAUUCUAUAGACAUGUAG